AUGAAGAUCUCAGCAAUCUUAUUGCUUACGGCGAUUGCAUUCUCUACUGCAAAUGGUUUGUAUAUUCUAAAAGCUUAUUAAGACCUUAUUUUCUCUCGCGAAAGGCAGUUUCAUUGUAACAUUCAGAAAGUAUUACUGUAUGGAACAUAGAGACCGUUUACGUUAUCAAGUGUAACCACCCACAUCAGUCCUUUAGAAUUCUUGUUGACUCAUACGCUAACGAUUGAAUUUCUCAGAUUCCAAAGGAUUUAAGGGACAGAAACGAAAUUUCUGAGAGAUUUUGUGUUCCUACCCUUCCAGAAGAAUCCUACUGUUUGGGUACUUCGUUGAUUUUUUUCUUGUGUUACUUUUAUCUUUUGUAAUUUAGAUUGCAGUCGUGUGACUGAGAACGGGAAAUGCUGCCAUUUUCCGUUUAUUUUCGACGGUUAUAUGUUUUAUGGUUGUACUACUUAUGGCUGGAAUAGAGAAUGGUGCAGUCUCACGGAUUCCUAUGACAGGGACGGACAGUGGGGAAAUUGUCUUGAAGGUAACCUAAUUCAUGAGACCGGGCCCAGGGGCGUAGCUAAGGGGCGGUCCUGGGGUGCCCCUUGCCCCCUUGUUUUUAACGCAUCAAGACAUUUUGUAAAACACGGCGUAGAGGUCGAAAUGACAAUCUGGAGAGUACCCUCUGUUUGACACAGUGUGACCCCACUUCCCUUGGAAAAACCAUGGCCAAGCCUCAGGGACCUUUUUCUCCCAUUAAAUUUCCAACGUAUGAAGCAGCGAAGUAGGAUGGUGAACAACGUGUUAAGGUCAUGCAAAACUUUGCACGAAAUAUCACAGCCUAAAAUUUUCUAUUUCCCUUUUUAUCUGUAGUCCAAUGAAUUCAGUUGGAAUGAAUACAUUGUUUCCAAACUUCAUUUGUGACGGUUUUUGGUGGAAUUUUUUGAUUAAAUAUGUAAAGUUUGCACCAGAAUCAGAGUUUAUUAAAGGCCCAUGAUAUAUUUUUAAGCUUUAUCUGUCUUAUUCAUUAAAGAAACAUUUCUUUUCGUUUACAACCAACAACAGUUCCGACGACAGUUCCCACUACCCCUCCCUUAGCAACUACAUCCAGUGGGUCAUCAGGAGGAGGAUCAUCAUCAGGUAUGAUUCAAGAGAACAAUUCUUCCUGGAAAUAUCGAUGACUUCCCUAACAGUGGCGCAACCAAGAUGAAGGGGAAAAAGUUUGAGCAGAACAAUAGCUCUGCAUAUACUUUUUGAGACUUUGUACCUUUCAAAAGUUACACCUUCACGUGCAAAAUUAAAUAACGACGCUGAAACCCGCAAAUAAUUCACAAGCCUACUUGGGACUCAGUGCUGUAUUCACGUGUAGUACUGGUAAAGAUCUGGCGCCGUUAGAUAGGGUUAACACAUUAAGUUACUCAGGAAAUUCUGAGGAAAAGUAUAACUUCAUUUUUUAAUCGCCCUCUUCUCAGCCGUCUCCUGCCUGACGUCUUACAUGAACUGGCCCUGAGGUGUAUCUGUGAUCUCUGUACCUCUGCCAUAGAAUCUCCUAUUAAACUGCGUAGCUUCAUAAAGUACCAAGAAAAAAGUGAAAAUUAAGUUCAGGUAUACAUCCUGAAUGUUGAUGAUUAUUUGCCAAAGAAGCAGUGAAAUUACCGAACACGCAGCAACCGCGUUGUUUGAUUUGGUAUUAGACUUUUCCGAACACCACACCAAAACUACAGCUUUCAAAUAGAGAAAAUUUAACACUUUCGUUCAGUAUUUUAAUACAUAGUUUGGAUGUAAGUGCUGUGUAUGAAUUAUAUUUCGUUGAUAAGCGUCUCUCUGUGUUUUUGCAGUUAAUGACAUUAACGUAUAUGGACAUCUUUUUUUCAUUCAAUAAUUAGCCCUCAAAUGCGGGAUUAAGCCACCCAUGUCACGUAUCGUUGGUGGUCAAACGGCCGAAAAGGGCAGCUGGCCAUGGCAAGCUAUGUUAGCCUUCCGUGGUGGAAGCCAGUUCUGUGGAGGAUCUCUCAUUGACGAAAACUGGGUGUUGACAGCCGCUCAUUGUGUUUAUGGUUCUUCAGAGGAUCGCAUUGUUAUAAGGUUGGUGACUGAAUUUUGAACAAAAAUUAAUAUGGUAUUAGUCAGAGUGGUGGAAGAGUAUGGAAAUUAAAGAACGACAAAUUUAAGAUUGCUCAUUUUAGACUAGAUUGAGGCCCUCAAAACAAGGUUUCCCAAAUAAAAAUUCAUUGUUUCGCAAGAUCGAAUAAAAAGGUUCACCGCCAACCUCAGAAAAUACAUGCAAGGAACUAUGAAAAAGUGCGCAGCAAAUUCGAUCUAAGAAUGUUAACUUUUCAGAGGUUAUUCGGGUUUGCCCUUUUAAUUAAUUAGUAUCCUUUGGUUACAUGCUUCAGUCCAGUUGUUUAGAAGAGCCAAUUAUUAAGGCGUUACUGAUCAUUGAGUUAAGAAAACUCGCGUGCCACUAUAAUGUAACUGGAGGCUUAGUUAAUGCAUGGCUAUACAGAGCCCUUACAUUUCUGCAUCAUGCGCGUAUGAAAUCUUUUGAAUAUGGUAAUCUAUGAAGCUGUGAAAUUUGAUCAAUGUCACGUGAUGUCUAUAAAGUACAUUUGUCCAUUGUGUAGCGAGCUGCCUUGCGAGAAUAACGCGGGGGUAAUUAACUUUAGCAACCGCUAGGAAACCGAGUAAAACUAAGAGCAGUUAAGUUUUACCAGCUCUCCUUAUUAGUUUUGCUAAUCUGCAUAUUGGACAUCGAUCGUCGGCCUCCUAGAUGCACGUGUUGCUCAUAUAAGGUCCAUCCUGUUAAAGCAUGCACUUUUGAUUGCUCUGUAGGAUGGGUGCUCACCGCAUUACGGACAUCGGGGAAGAAAUAGAAGUGGAGAAAAAAUUUGAGCAUGAGGAUUACAACCCUAACAAUUUCCAGAACGACAUUGCGCUGCUUAAACUGAAGAACAGUGUGACGAUCGGCCCAGAUGCAAGACCCGUAUGUCUACCUGACGAAAACCAGCUCCUAAUGCCAGACAAGAAAUGCUAUAUAACAGGAUGGGGAACGCUAAAAAGCGGGGGUGAACAGCCAGAUUACCUUCAAGAAGCUUCGGUACCAAUCGUUUCUGAAGCAAAAUGUAAGAGGGCCUACGGUGAUUCAAAAAUUCAUGAGUCCAUGAUCUGCGCUGGUCUUGACAUUGGAGGAAUUGAUGCCUGCCAAGGUGAUAGUGGCGGACCUAUGGUGUGUGAAUUCAAUGGUAAAUGGUAUCUCGAGGGCGCUACCAGCUGGGGAUACGGUUGCGCGUUGCCUAACAAGUAUGGAGUUUACGCUAAAGUGCGUCACCUAAAAGAUUGGGUUUUGAAAAAUAUGAAGAACAAUUAAAGGAUGUCCACGUUAGAUUACUGACACAUCACAAAUGAAAAAAAAUGUAUUUUCUUUGGGUUAGAAGAAUAAAGGGA